UUCAUUACGUACGUAAACCUAAAUCGUGUUGAUUCCUGAAUUGUGUCGCAUCGUUAUAAUAUAGAUUCUUCGCUGUUUUUCACAAUGGAACAAUUGAAUGAUGUAGAACUGAAUGAUGUCCAAGUUUCUGAUGUUCAAGCGAGGUCAAUUGAAAAAAUGUCUGAGCAGCCAUUAUUGGCAAAUACUAGUGGGUCAUUACCUGGACUUAAGGAAGAAGAUGUAGAGACAUCUUUUGGUGCAGUUCAUGUUGCUACUCAUGGUAAUCGAAGUAAACCAGCCAUAUUGACUUUCCAUGAUAUUGGAUUAAAUCAUGUCAGUCAGUUUCAAGGUUUCUUUAGUUAUAUUGAUAUGGAGCCUCUUUUGAAACAUUUCUGCGUCUAUCAUGUGAAUGCGCCGGGUCAAGAAUUGGGAGGAAAUACACGUCCAGCAACAUCUGUGUAUCCAACAAUGGAUGAAAUAUCUGAGACCUUGUUAGAUGUUAUGAACCAUUUUGGCCUCAAGAGGUUUAUUGGUUUUGGUGUUGGAGCAGGGGCUAAUAUCAUUGCACGAUUUGCAUUAAACUUUCCUGAGAAAGUGGAUGCUUUGUUUUUCAUCAAUUGUAUCUCAACACAAGCUGGAUGGAUGGAGUGGGGUUACCAGAAGGUGUCCUCUUUUCAUUUGCGUGGAAAUCGUGUUACAAAAUUUACUGAAGAUUACUUGCUGUGGCAUCAUUUUGGCAAGAAAACAUUGGAAGUAAAUCAUGACUUGGUGCAUGUGUAUAAAGAGAGUAUGUUGAAGAAUAUCAACCCAGUCAACUUGGCAAGUUUUAUUGAGACAUACAUCAAACGAACUGAUCUUGGAAUCAAGAGAGAAAUGGACCCUGAGAAGAAAAAGAUAACCCCUCAGUUUAAAUGUCCUGUAAUGGUAAUAUCCGGAGCUAGCUCUCCACAUAUCAAUGAAACGAUAGUAGUCCCAAGCUUGAGUCUGACAAGUUUAACUAAGAACCGUUCAAGAGCAUCAUCUGUUACGUCAGCUGGUUCUGCUGCAUCAUCCUCACAAGAUACAAUUGAAUCCCUUAAAGAACAACCAGUGUGUUAA